UGACAGCCCUUGCCAUCCGCGACGAAGCGCUGUCAGAUUGAGCUCUUGCAUCAUGUCGCUGUGCGGUCGCGUUUUCCGUCGCUGGAAUCAUUUUGUAACGCUAAAACAGUACGAAAAUGUCCAAGUGGCCAAGGCGAACCCCCAAAACUUAGUUCAGCGCGUCGCCCCUGCAUUCGGUGGAAAAGUUUUCGUGGCCUGGCACCCGGAGCCGACGUUCCCGUACGAGUGUUCGAAACCAAUCGAAAGAGCCGCGAUCCGAUCCGGGCCAUCAUUGGUACGUGACGAGCUGGUCCUCGCAGGAGCCAGCCAGCUGAAGGCCAAACAUCCGGAUAUGGUCCGCGAAGAACUGUCCAAAGCCACGUUCACCACCAAGCAUCGUUGGUUCCCGCGAGCGCGCAACAAGAAGGCUAAAAAGACACCGAUGGACCGAGAGUAUCUGUAAGAGGGACAUGUCAUCUUUGUAUUAGAAUAAAAUAGCAUUUUACCAAAUCAAAA